GCGCCGCCCAGCCCCCCGCCCCUUCCCGCCAGAGGCCGGAGAGCGGGUCGAGCUCCUGCCCGGGGCCGCGGUCGUCGGGGCGCGCGGAGAUUGACUGACGGGUGUUGGCUACAAAUCGUCUUACAAAGACAACUGAAGAUGCAGUGACCUGGCAGACAGGUUUCUUUUAACGCCAUCACAAAAGCCCCACAUCUGGAUUUAUACGACAAGUGGAAAACCAUGAUCUGAAGAAGAGACAAACUUUUUUUGUUCUUGUUUUGUAAUUUUUUGUUUUUAAAAAGAGGUGUUUUUUUUUUUUUUUGGAUUGCAGCAUUUUGAAAAACAGAGUUUUUCAUUUUAAGUUUUGGAAACUUAGACAAUUAAGCCACCCCAUACCGUGAGGAUCUCCGGAAAACAUGGGGAGAAAAAAGAUCCAGAUCCAGAGGAUUACGGACGAGAGGAACCGGCAGGUGACGUUCACUAAGCGGAAGUUUGGGCUGAUGAAGAAAGCCUACGAGCUGAGUGUCCUCUGUGACUGUGAGAUUGCGCUCAUCAUCUUCAACCACUCGAACAAGCUGUUCCAGUAUGCCAGCACUGACAUGGACAAAGUGCUGCUCAAGUACACGGAGUACAAUGAACCUCACGAGAGCCGGACCAACGCAGACAUUAUUGAGACAUUAAGAAAGAAAGGUUUUAACGGUUGUGACAGUCCGGAACCUGACGGGGAUGACUCCAUCGACCGGAGCCCGCUCAUGGAGGAUAAAUACCGCAAAGCCAGUGAGGAUCUCGACAUCCUGUUCAAGCGCUACGGUGCGCUGAACAAGAAGCAUAGAGAGUGUGAGAGCCCUGACGGGGACGACGUGUUUACGUUGACGCCUCAGACGGAAGAGAAAUAUAAAAAGAUUGAUGAGGAGUUUGAUAAAAUGAUGCAGACUUACAGGCUCGCAUCUGCAGUUCCGGCUCCCAAUUUUGCCAUGCCCGUUACGGUUCCAGUGACCAACCAGAACACGCUGCAGUUUAGCAAUCCGGGAGGCUCCUUAGUGACUCAGUCUCUCGUGACCUCCUCCUUGACUGACCCACGGCUCCUGUCGCCACAGCAACCAGCCCUCCAGCGGAACACAGUUUCUCCAGGCCUCCCGCAAAGACCAGCCAGUGCAGGGGCAAUGCUUGGCGGAGACCUCAACAACACGAAUGGUGCCUGCCCAAGCCCUGUUGGGAAUGGAUAUGUCAGUGCCAGAGCGUCCCCAAGUCUCCUCCCUGUCUCCAACGGCAAUAGCCUCGGCAAGGUCAUCCCAGCAAAAUCGCCGCCGCCGACCUCCCACAGCACCCAGCUGGCCAACAACAACCGCAAACCAGACCUGCGCGUCAUCACCUCGCAGAGCGGGAAGGGACUCAUGCACCAUUUGAACACACAGAGGCUUGUUGUCUCUCAAGCGAGUCAUUCUCUGACUACCCCGGUUGUUUCCGUGACUACUCCAAGCCUCCUGACCCAGGGGUUGCCCUUCUCAGCCAUGCCCACAGCGUACAACACAGACUACCAGUUGACCAGCGCAGAUCUUUCAUCCCUACCAGCAUUCAGUUCACCCACUGGUUUGUCUCUGGGCAACAUCUCUGCUUGGCAGCAGCAGCAACAGCAGCAGCAGCAGCAGCAGCAGCAGCAUCUGGUUCCCGUAUCACUAAGUAACUUAAUACAAGGCAGCCACCUUUCCCACGCCACCACCUUGACCGUCAACACCAAUCCCAACAUCAGCAUCAAGUCGGAGCCCGUUUCUCCCAACCGGGAGCGCAGCACUGCCACGCCACUCUCCUCCUUCCCUCACCAAGGCCGGCACGAGCCCACGGGAUGCUCCCCCGUUGACAGCCUCAGCAGCAAUGCCAGCUCCUACGAGGGCGCCGAGCGGGAAGACCCGUCGCGGGCUGACUUCGGCUCCUCCCUCGGCCUCCUGAGACCCGCCCCCGAGGCCGACGGGGAGAACCCGUCCGUCAAACGCAUGCGCUUGGACGCUUGGGUAACAUAACUGGCUCCCCUGGGGCCAGUGCCCCCUGCAGAGUGGCUGUUGGCUCUCCGGAGUGUGGGUCAGG